AUGACUAAAUGUGGCCGGGUUGCGAUUGUGGAGAACUCUGAGACCAUGAGUUGGGUGUGCUGGAGUUACAACGUGGAUAAUAAACUGAUUAAAGGUGUUUAUCCUGAACAUCUCGAGCUAAGAUUGUCAUAUUGCCAGCGGAUUUUAGUAACAAUGACUGCAUCUGGGUUGAGUGGUUGUCCCUCAAGAUGUCCCCAGCUACCUUUUAGUCCUCUGGGAUUACGCCAUGUCCGGGCUAUGACUUUCUCUGUGGCUAGGAAAUCCAAACAAGGAAUAGAGUUUCUCCAGGUGGAAAGAACAAGUGUUUUUUCUCCGAUAUUAAAAUGCAAUAGACGACAAGUUCAGUUGAUCAAAAGUGCCAUGGAUGCUUCAUACGGUGAUAUGGCUAAUGAUUCUGCUGCUGUUUUUCCUAGAAUUAAUGUGAAGGACCCAUAUAAACGACUUGGAAUAAGCAGGGAAGCUUCUGAAGAUGAGAUUCAAGGAGCGAGGAACUUCCUGAUUCAAAAAUAUGCAGGACAUAAGCCAAGUGUAGAUGCUAUCGAAUCAGCACAUGACAAAAUAAUCAUGCAGAAGUUCUAUGAACGGAAAAACCCAAAAAUUGACAUUAAGAAGAAAAUGAGGGAAGUUAAUCAAUCCCGAUUUGUUCAAGCUGUCAGAGGCAGAUUUCAAACUCCAUCCACAAAAUUCAUUGUUAAAACAUCACUAGCAUUCUUGGUACUUGGAGUUUUGACUGUCCUCUUUCCAACUGAGGAAGGACCAACACUUCAGGUAGCAAUAUCUCUGAUCGCUACAAUGUACUUUAUAUAUGAGCGGCUGAAGAGCAAGAUACGAACUUUACUAUAUGGGAUUGGUGCCUUUGCUUUUUCGUGGCUGUUGGGAACCUUCUUGAUGGUAUCAGUAAUUCCUCCUAUUACCAUACUUAAGGGACCUAGGGCAUUUGAAGUGAUCUCGUCAUUGAUUACAUAUGUUUUAUUAUGGGUUUCAUCGACCUAUCUUAGGUGA